CCUGGCUGCCCCGGCCGUUUGCUCCAGGCCAGCAGGGUGAGGAGACGGGGCGCCCCCAGGCCCCCACAGCGCCCGGGCCCCGGCGGGCUCCACGGCUGUACCCGGGCUCAUUCCGGACCUGGUCGCCCAGAUCCCCUGGCUCCGCUGGGCGCUCACAGCCACUGCGGUCGUGGCUGGGUCGUGGCUGGCGUCCUCGUUGUUUCCUGCCUGCUCUGUGCCAUCGGCUGCUGCCGCGGCCGCCACAGGAAAAAGCCCAGAGACGAGGAGGCCGUGGGCCUGGGCAGCGCCUGCAGCACCAUCAACACCCACCUGGUGCAGCCAGAUGUGGAUAACGUGGAGCCUGGCCCUGGGGGGCCCCAGCAGUGGGAGCGCCUGCAGCCGUCCGUGGAGUACGACGUUGGAAGCCAGGCGAUCAAGGUGGGCCUCAAGCAGGCUGCACGGCGGACCCCUACGCCCGCGUCAGCCUCUCCCCUGAGGCCAGGUGCAGGCACGAGACGAAGGUGCACCGUGGUACCCUCUGCCCCACGUUUGAGGAGACCCGCUCCUUCCACGUCCCCCCCGUGGAGCUGCCCCGGACCACCCCGCGGGUGCAGGUGCCCCUCCCAGCACGAGCCUCUGGGCGUGCUCAGCCUGCCGCUGGGCACCGUGGAUCUGCAGCCCACGAGCCCUGGAGCUCUGGCACCCUCUGGGCCCGCCCAGCGCUGCCGAGGUGUGCCUGCUGACCACUGGGCUCCAGUCCCGCCCUGCCCGGUGUGCCCGGCGGGGAAGCUGAGGCCCUUCUUGCUGCCCGCAGCCCGAGCAGUUGGGGGAGGUGUGCUUCUCGCUCUAGUACGUGCCCUGCUCGGGCCGGCUGACCGUGGUCGUGCUGGAGGCCCGAGGCCUGAGCCCGGUUCUGGCAGAGCCCUACGUGAAGGUCCAGCUUGUGCUGAACCAGAGGAAGUGGAAGAAGAGGAAGACAUCUGCCAGGAAGGGCACGGCCACCCCUUACUUCAACGAGGCCUUCACCUUCCUUGUGCCUUUCAGCCAGAUCCAGGUGGGCUGCCUGGAGGAGGGGGCUGAUGCAACCUCGCUCAGGGCCAAACUGACAGCUGUCUUUCUCCCCCUUCCACCGCACCUCGGCCUGCCUCUACCCAGAGUGUGGCUCUGGUGCUGGC